AUGUACAAGACUCAAUUGAUCAAAAACAAACAACAAUUGUUACAAUUACAGGUGCAAUUAAGAUCUUUGUCUUCUACUGCCACUUGUUUGAAAUUUGCUGAAAUCCCAUUGGCUCCACCUGACAAGAUUUUAGGUAUCACUGAAGCUUACAACAAUGAUUCUAAUCCUAAAAAAAUCAACUUGGGUGUUGGUGCUUAUAGAGACAAUUCAGGUAAACCAAUUAUAUUCCCAUCAGUUAAAAAAGCUGAAGAAAUCUUGUUAAAGAAGGAAACUGAAAAGGAAUAUACUGCUAUUAUUGGUUCCAAAAACUUUCAAUCAAUUGUCAAAAAUUUCAUCUUUAACAACUCCAACAAAGAUGCCAAUGGUAAACAAUUGAUUGAUGAUGGUAGAGUUGUUACUUCCCAAACCAUUUCCGGUACUGGUUCAUUGAGAGUUAUUGCUGAUUUCUUGAACAGAUUUUACUCCAACAAGAAAAUCCUUGUCCCCAAACCAACUUGGGCCAAUCAUGUUGCUGUUUUCAAAGAUGCUGGUUUGGAACCUGAAUUUUACAAUUACUAUGAAACUAGUAAAAACGAUUUGGAUUAUGAAAAUUUGAAAAAAUCAUUGCAAUCACAACCUGAAGGUUCAAUUGUCUUGUUGCAUGCUUGUUGCCAUAAUCCAACUGGUAUGGACUUAACUAACGAGCAAUGGGAUGAAGUAUUGCAAAUUAUUCAGGAUAAGAAAUUUUUCCCUCUUGUUGAUAUGGCUUAUCAAGGUUUUGCUAGUGGUAAACCAUAUAACGAUAUCGAGUUGAUUAGAAAAUUGACUAAAUUGGCUAAUGAAAACAAGAUUCCAACUUUUGCCUUGUGUCAAUCAUUUGCUAAAAACAUGGGAUUGUAUGGUGAAAGAACCGGAUCCAUUUCGAUUAUUACUCCAUCAGCUAAAGAAUCAAAAGCUAUUGAAUCACAAUUGAAGAAAUUAAUUAGACCAAUUUAUUCAUCUCCACCAAUCCAUGGUUCCAAGAUUGUUGAAGUUAUAUUUGAUGAAUCAAGUGGUUUGUUGCCCCAAUGGUUGGAAGAAUUGGAUAAAGUUGUUGGAAGAUUAAACAAUGUGCGUCAAAAAUUGUAUGACAAUUUGGAUAAAUCCAACUACAAUUGGGACCACUUGUUGAAACAAAGAGGUAUGUUUGUUUACACUGGAUUGUCACCAGAACAAGUGAUCAAAUUGAGAAAUGACUACAGUGUUUAUGCUACUGAAGAUGGUAGAUUUAGUAUUUCAGGAAUUAAUGAUAACAAUGUUGAGUAUUUGGCCAAUGCUAUUAAUGAAGUUGUCAAGGGAAAUUAA